GGUGUUAUCGUCGCCCUGCCACCUCUAUUCUAUUAUUUAAUAUAGGCACAUUAUUAUUGCUCUUUGCCUUCGUUUCGAGAAACUUGAAUUAAAUACCGCCGCACAAGAUGGCCAAGAGCCCGGAAAACAUAGCGCUGGACCAGCUGGACAAGGACCAAAUGAAGACGUUCUCCGACUUCCUGAUGUCCUACAACAAGCUGUCCGAGAUGUGCUUCACAGACUGCGUGCGCGACUUCACCUCGCGUGAUGUCAGGGAUUCUGAGGAGAAGUGCUCGCUGAACUGCAUGGAGAAGUACCUGAAGAUGAACCAGCGCGUCUCGCAGCGCUUCCAGGAGUUCCAGGUCAUCGCCAAUGAGAACGCCCUGGCCAUGGCCCAAAAGACUGGCAAACUAUAGGUGUUUUAGUUGUUAUUAUCAAGCUUAACUAGUGUUUAGACAACUGAGAUGAUGCAUUUUUCCUGCAUUUGUCAAAAUAGCCGAGUAAAGAGACGAGCCGACGAGGUACCCCGACGAUUGUUACAUGCUA